AUGACGCACGUACUCAUUAACUCGAUUGCAUGUACGCCUAUCGUGAUUUGUUCAAAAAAAUUUAUUUCAUGCAGGUUCGAUGAAGGUUUACAGAAGUUUCCGUCGCAGGGUACAUUGAAUAUAACCGUAACGACACUGUCUCCCACUGUGCAACGAACCAUCACUGCGAGUGCAAUAUUGAACUUCACUCGUCUGAUGAGCUAUUGGGAACAAAAUGAUGUCGUUCUACUCGUCCAUUUUAAUUAUCCUUAUUAUCAACGUAUCCCGUUCCUUUCAAUUUAUCGUGAUAUAUUUCCUCUAGUCAUUUUCACGGGGCCCGAUGCACAUCCCAAUGUAGUUCAUUGUCCCGAAGGACACCGCGGCAUUCAUAGCUAUGAAUGUUUAUCCCGAGUAGUUUUACUUUAUCCAAAUCAUACUAGUUACUUGAUGGUACAUUUCGACUUAGCUCCGGUAUUCUACACUCUGGAAAAUAAAAAUUUGCAGUCAAUGUGGCUGGAAAAUCAUACAUUAGUUAUUCCAGAAAAAGCAACAGGCUGGUGGUGGUGGACAACCGAAUAUGGUGUGGGUGCUAUAAAUGCGUUUUUCAAUGAUUUAAAAAAUUCAAAGGUUGAAGAUAUCGAUCCAAGGUUGGAACCGGUCGAAUUGAGAAUGUAUUUAACCUUGCUGUUAAUACAAAUGUCAGUAAUUUCUGAGAUAUCAAUCAACACAAGGAAACCGCGAUGAGAUAUUUUGUUUUAUGAAUGACUCUUAUGGGAAAGCAAGGGGGCCCUUUUUUGCAGCUGUCAGAUCUGUUUGUACUAAUUCCGAAUGAAAGUACUAAAACGUUACUCCUCAGUCACUCAAAAUUUGUAACAAAGUAAUGUCACGAGUAUUUAUGAGCACUCAAGAACUUGAAUCUUGUUAAAUCGAGUACUCGUAUAAGUACUAAAAAAUCAUGCCGAAAUUUUAAGAGCCAGAAGGCUAUUUUUGCAUGUCUGCUCACAUUCAUCCAGAGAAUGGUAAAAUAUGCAUCCAAUUUUAUGGUUGUUUCUACGGUUUUUCAAAGUUGAAUUUUUCAUCAACGAAGUAAAAUAUUCUAAAAUCGAUACAUGCUUUUUUCACGUCUACGAUUAACUUACUUCUGGCAAAAAAGUUUGUUCAGUCGACCACAGUCAUAUCUGUUACAUGUAUCAACAUGGCAAUUGUUAACGGCGCAGUGUCUAAACACCACAAUCAUAUCAAUUCCAAGAUUGUACGCAUAUCAAGUCUCGAAUUUGGUCAACCCGAUGCAUCAGUAAACGAAAAGAAUGUGUUAAAUAAUUAAUUGAUUUAGACAUUGCCGCUUAGCAUCGCAUGAUCUGCAUCGUCUGAUAGAUUUUGACAGUACCAUCUUUGAGUGUCUUCUUUCUUGAACCAUCGGUGAGCUUCUUUCUGUAUUACUAAUCGUUCGUUCGGUUAUGGAUGCUACUCACUCAUAGUAACGUCUCUAUUAGGCGAUUGGAGCUAACUAGUGAGAUUAUUUUGGUCAUUUAGCUAGACUCACGUUGCUGAAAAAAUAGGGCAAUUCGGCACUCCAGUGAGCUAGCUUACUUAUCUCCUGCGGUUUUUUCAGCUUGAACAAGAGAGAGAACACCAAGACGAGGAACACGGUUUUCUUGCGGGGAAUACCAGCUAUAACGUUACUACACAUUCAUGAUGGAACACAUACUAUAGGAAUACUCGAUAACUACUUUAUUUUCAAGAAAGUAGCAGCUUCAAUCUGUGACCAGUCCGGGCACUUCACAACUUAAACUGGGAGAGAAUUUCUGCUAAUACAAAACCCUAUAAAGAUGAUAGUUGUCUUCGUCGAGACAAUAAUGCUAGUACACUCUAAAAAGCAAAGUAUUUUAAGCAAAGUAGGUUCUUUAUUCGACUAAAAACGUUUAAGGGCCUCCCCUCAGAAAUUAUCUCUGACACCAUGCAUUCGAUCUUGACGAAACUUUCCAUAAAUGUUCGGCACAAUGAGUUACGGAAAUGAAAAAAUGUUUUGUCUCCAAGUCUUACGGUUUAGGAGUUUUCCAGAGAUCAAGGUCCAAAAAGAACCCUGAACGGCGUCCCAAGAUUUUUUAAUAUACUGCAGAGUUCGCGUUUGUUUUAUUUUAAACUAGACACCUAACUACAUCGACUGACCAGCGCCGAUUUUUUCAUUAAGCCUUUAUUAAUUUUCCAGGCAACUAACAAUCUCCAAAACCCGAAAAAGCCUUCCAGGUUUUCUAAAAACCCUCCGUUCGACAAAAAAAUAAGAAAAUUCAAAAAUCGACGCCGGUCAGUCGAUGUAAUUUCUUUUCCUCUUUAAAACAAAAAAAGAAUGAACUCUCUACG